AUGAGUCCAUCGACACCCAAAACCGUCCUCAUCACCGGAUGUAGCGCUGGUAGCAUCGGCUCUGCUCUGGCUGAAGACUUCCACGAACGUGGUCUCCAUGUCUUCGCCACUGCGCGCACCCCCUCCAAGAUGUCGCACUUGGAGAAACUGCCAAAUGUAACGCUCUUGGAGCUCGACGUCGAGUCGGCCGCCAGUGUUCAAGCCGCUGUAGAAGUCGUAACGGCCCAAACGGGCGGUAAGCUGGAUUACCUGGUCAAUAAUGCCGGUCUGGCGCAUAUUCGACCGGUGCUGGACUCCGACCUGGAAGAGGCAAAAAGGGUGUUUGACGUCAAUUUCUGGGGGGUGGCACGUGUCACGCAGGCGUUUGCCCCGCUGAUGAUCACCUCGAAAGGCAUGAUCAUCAAUAUUUGUUCGCUGGCCGCGACGAUGCCUCUUCCCUGGUGUGCCUUCUAUGCCUCUUCAAAAGCAGCCUUGAAAUCGUACGGCGAAACCCUUCGCCUAGAAAUGACUCCACUGGGCGUCAAGGUCAUGACCGUGAUGGCUGGCGCCAUAGGAACAAACAUCUUCGCCAAUUAUUCCCCUCCACCGCUACCGGAGAACUCGCUGUUCAAGGCCGCUUCCAAGGAGAUUCAUCUUGUAGAGUCCAGGGGCGUGGUUGAGAAUUGCACGCCUGUCUCGUUAUUUGCCAAGGGCGUCGUGGAUGAUGUGCUGGGUGGCUCCAGUGGUUUGACUUGGAGAGGGAAACUGGCAUCCAUUACGUGGGCUGCCACAUCUUUCCUCCCGGCUUGGAUUAUGGAUCUCCUGAUUAUUUCUUCGAGUGGCUUGCGCCGUAUCUCUCGGGCGCCUUAG